CAAUCACCGUCAAAAUCCAUCGCGGAUCAAGUCUUCGGGGCAAUUCGACCAUAAAGAAUCGAACUCUUGGUGGCUAGGAAGAAGAGUCGAAUCGAAGAGAUCGGAGAGAAGAAUACCCAACAGCUCGCCAUUUCCGUCUUCGAUCGGAGAAUAAGUUCUCUUCAGUUGGAUCGCCGCAUCGCCGACAAUUGCGAUGGAGAAGAAGGAUGAGCCGGUCAUCGGAGUCCCGUACUAUGUGGCAGAGAACCCCUACCAGGCCGGGGCGAUACCCCCGCACGCCAUCUUCGGCGAUCCGAAGGGGAUUCCGCUCCAGCAGACGAUCUACCGGGACACUCCCGCUCCCUUCAGCUGCGUCUACUGUGGCGAUUCCGGGGUCACCACCGUCAAAUCAAAGCCUAGUCUGGCAGCCGUUGUUGGUUGCAUGAUGCCGAUGAUGCUCGGAAUUUGCUUUCUUUGUCCUUCAAUGGACUGCCUCUGGCAUAAAUAUCACUACUGCCCAAACUGCAAACAAAAGGUUGCUGAUUUCAAAAAGGCAGACGCUUGUGCUGUGAUGGAUCCUCCACACUGGAAUCAAGAGAGCUUUGCAUUGCCAGCAUGAUAUGCCGCAUCAUAGAUAUACCUUCUGCCAAUACAUACCUGUUCAUGUCUCUUGUGGUUCCUUUUUCGGAGUAUGUUCUGUAUAUGCUUCUGCUACAUGUAUUUUAUGGAAAUACCUGUGGAUACGUACUCGCAUAUAUGGUUCUGCAUAAAUGUCCAUUUCUUGUGAAGGUAAAGACUCGAUGUUUUGUUAAUAUACCGGGUUGAAAUUCGCGAAU